CCGCGGGGCGAGGCGGCGGCGGGAGCGGCAGCAUCAGGCGGAGGAUCGGGUGGCCAUGCGCUGCUGUGCGGGGCCCGGGCCGCGCGGCGGGGGCGCGCUGACCACGCUGCUGCUGACAGCUUUUUUGUUAAGCUCUGCUGAUGGCAGUAAUGGAACAGUUAACUGGAAGACUAAGCAAGCCAACAGUUAUAUUAUCAGCAGAAUAAAGGCUGUUGAGAAGAAUGUGUACACGAUUCUGUCUAAGGUGCACUCUGAUCGGAAUGUAUACCCUUCUGCUGGAGUUCUUUUUGUUCAUGUUUUGGAGAGAGAGUACUUUAAGGGGGAAUUUCCUCCUUACCCAAAGCCUGGUGAAAUAAGCAAUGAUCCCAUAACAUUUAAUACCAACUUAAUGGGUUACCCUGACCGACCUGGAUGGCUCCGCUAUAUACAAAGGACACCAUAUAGUGAUGGAGUGCUGUAUGGUUCACCAACUGUGGAAAAUGUGGGCAAACCAACCGUCAUUGAGAUCACUGCAUAUAACAGGCGUACUUUUGAGACAGCAAGACAUAAUUUGAUCAUUAAUAUAAUGUCAGCAGAAGAUUUUCCAUUACCAUAUCAAGCGGAAUUCUUCAUAAGGAAUAUGAAUGUAGAAGAGAUGUUAGCAAGUGAAGUUCUUGGAGACUUUCUUGGAGCAGUGAAAAAUGUAUGGCAGCCAGAACGUUUGAAUGCUAUAAACAUUACUUCAGCACUAGACAGGGGAGGGAGAGUUCCGCUUCCUAUUAAUGACAUGAAGGAGGGCGUGUACGUUAUGGUUGGUGCAGAUGUUCCAUUCUCGUCAUGCUUACGGGAAGUGGAAAACCCACAGAAUCAACUGAGAUGCAGUCAAGAAAUGGAGCCUUCAAUAACUUGCGACAAAAAGUUUCGUACUCAAUUCCAUAUUGAUUGGUGUAAAAUCUCUCUGGUUGACAAUACAAAGCAAGUUUCCACCUUUCAGGAGGUGAUUCGCGGAGAGGGGAUAUUGCCUGAUGGCGGGGAGUACAGGCCGCCUUCUGACACACUGAAAAGCAGAGACUAUUACUCGGAUUUCCUCAUUACACUGGCGGUGCCCUCGGCAGUAGCACUGGUGCUUUUUCUCAUACUUGCCUAUAUCAUGUGCUGCCGACGGGAAGGAGUGGAAAAGAGAAACAUGCAAACACCAGACAUCCAGUUGGUCCACCAUAGUGCGAUACAGAAAUCAACCAAAGAGCUCCGUGACAUGUCUAAAAACAGAGAGAUAGCAUGGCCUCUCUCAACGCUGCCGGUGUUCCACCCAGUUACUGGUGAGAUCGUGCCACCCCUUCACCCAGACAGCUAUGACAAUACUAGCAUGCCGCUGAUGCAAACACAACAGAACCUGCCACAUCAGACUCAGAUUCCACAGCAGCAGAGUGCAGGAGAAUUUCGUAUGACAACAUUUCAAAGAUUUGAGGUAAAUGGUAUUCCUGAGGAACGGAAACUAACAGAAGCAAUGAAUUUGUGAUCAGAGAAAGCAGUAGUUGUCCUGUUCCCUUAUUUGUUCUGAUUGAUGCAUGAGUUUUCCUGGUGUCUAUUGUGCAUGCCCACAGUAUUAAGCCGAUUCCAGUGCCAGAGAGUACAAUCACUUCCACGUAAUAAUGUACUGUAUCUUUUUGUACUUUGGACAUUUUGGACUAUUUGUAAACACUGAUAACUUUUUAUAUUUGUUACAUUAAGAAAAUAAUCUUUCAAAUAUAUGUAUUAAUAAAUAUCCAAGGGUUUUUUUCUGU